AUGUUAGAAGGAGGGGAAACGUCUAUUAAUAAGAUUCGGUAUGAGUGGAAAGAGUACAUAAAGCAAAUGAUCAUCGAAAUGUUGGCACCCAAGGAAAAAUCAUCGGUAUUUCAAGAGAUGGAAAGUACAAGAACGACAGGACAGACUUUGCGAGGGUUGUUCAACAGAAAGAGAAUCGGAAACGAAAGCGCUGAAUACAAUACUACGAUAUAUACAAAAGAAUAUGGAUCAGAUACUGCAGUGAAAAAUAAAAAACGUCGUGUAAAAACACAAAAAGUGGAAGAGAACUUCUCAAGGGACCAGGGGACAACACCAAACGAGAUGGUGGGAAAGAAUGAACUAAAAGAGGGAAGAAAAGAAAUACUAGCAUUAAGAAAUGACUCAAAAGAGAAUGUUGAAGAAGAAAUACUUACUAAAUGGAGACUAAAAGUACCAGGUUUGCCAAAGUAAGUGAGAAAAAAAUAAUGGUUUGUGUAUCGAACCAUUAAUUCUGAAUCAUUCAAAUCAUUGAAUUGUUGAAUUUCAAAAGGGACUUUUGUUGGCAUUUCUUCGUCAUUCAGAAGUUACCCUUCGUCAGAUUAAGUAUUUGCUUAUGUGUUCGUGUGAUAAGUAAGGAAUUUUUUUUUAUGAAAAUACAUAUUUUUAGAGGAACGAAAUUACUGCGCUCAAUAACUUUUUUUUUAAUUUAAACAAGACAUUCUAAAUGGUUGAUUGAUUC